AGUGAAGAAGUAAAAGUAUGAGUGAUGCACCAGAAACGGUGAAAAUAGAUAAUACACCACCUCCAGGACAGAGUUAUGAUAAAUAUAAGAAAGCCUUCGAGAUGAUAUCCUUAGAUGAUGUUAAUAGAAUAGAGAAUGUACCUUGUAUGCGGAACGCACUGUUAUACGGUAUAGGUGGUGGUAUGGCAUUUGGUGCUAUACAUUUCAUAUCAACCAGGCGGAUAAAAAGCAGUUGGAAUUGGACAUUCGCUAGCGCUAUGGUCGUAAUGGUUGGAACCUGGCAACACUGUCGUAGUAGAAGAACUGAGGAAAUGGAUAAAAUGCGUCAAAUUACUGAGAAAUACUCUGAUCAUCACAUUUCAAACCUCAAACGUAAGAAUGACGAAGCGAGAAGACAAUUCAAAGAACGUAAAGAGCAAGAAGAGCGAGUACAAUACAGUUGGUAUAAUCCUAAGCGAUAUUUUUCAUAGAAUAUAUUAACAUUCCCAUAACUCUUUCCUAUAAUUCUCAACCAAAGCGCUUUGAUCUCCAUAUUUUGCUUGAAAUUGAGUGAAACCACCUCUUAAGACGUAUAUCUCUUGUGGUUUUGCAUCAGGAAGUAAAUUUUUCCUUGUCUCUGCAUAAAUCCUGGCUGACUUAGGACCCCUAACUUGUGAUAAUGCGCAAUGGAAGACAACCUUUGGGAUUUCUUCGCUUUCCUUAACGAGAUUGUGCACUCCAUCUAGGAAACUCCUAGAAGGUACGUUCUUAGCGCCUUUAAUGUUACCACCCUGUGUAUCCUUAGUAAAUUGAUAACUGAACAAAACAACAUACGAGGAAAUCUUCAUCACGAACAUCAACGACUAAUAACUCUGAAGGCUUGCCAAUUAAAUCAACAAUUUCCUUAUCGUUUACAAAUUCAUAAGGCAAUCCGAAAGACAUCUUGACUGUCAACAAUCAAGAGCGUCUAUGUCUUCAUCGAGUGAAUCUAGCGUUGAAGAGGAUUAUGAGGGAUGGCUAUCAGAUGAUGUAGAGAGUAAGAAAACAAUUGGACUGACUCUUAACAAAGAAUUUGAUACACCAGCGGCUGCAUUAGAAUUUGAUAAGCAAAAUGGUUUAGAUUUACUUGAAUUGAUUAAGAAAUUGGAUUUAGAUUAUUAUAAUCAGAUUAGACUCAUUAACUUUAUUAGAAAGAAUGGAAAGGAUGCAGUUUCAUCAGUCAAACCAACUGACGAAUUUUUCAAGAACGACGAAUACUUGAUUCCAGUCAUAGAAGCUGAUCCUUUACUUUUCCAACUCGACAACCAAGAUGACUGGAGUGACGAUGAGAAGCCUGUAGAUAACACAGAGGAGAGAAUCACAAAAUUACAGCAGCAACUCAAUCAAUCAGCUACUUUCAUCAAUAACAACCUCCUUAAUGACAACUUUGUCGAUAAUGAAUACUUUGAAAGCUACGAUUACAACGAGAUACACGAGACUAUGAUUAAAGAUCACGUUAGAACAGCUUCAUACGCAGAAUGGAUUCUUAAUAAUAAAGAUCUGAUCAAAGAUAAGACCAUCAUGGAUGUAGGUUGCGGUACUGGUAUUCUUUCUCUUUUGGCCGCAAAAGCUGGCGCUAAAAAGGUUUACGCUAUUGAUGCCUCAAAUAUCGUCGAUAAAGCUAGAGAGAAUGUCGCAAACAAUGACCUAAGUGGUACAAUUGAAGUUAUUAGAGGCAAAGUCGAAGAAAUCAAACUCGAGGGUGUCACAGUAGAUGUCAUUAUAUCCGAAUGGAUGGGUUAUUUCUUACUUUUCGAAGCUAUGCUUGACAGUGUAAUUGUCGCUAGAGACAGCUACUUGAAACCAGAAGGUGUCAUGGCUCCUUCACAUAUGCGUAUAGUUUUAGGUGCCGCCUCAACACAUUCAUGGUGGAAUGAAAGAGUCGCUUUCUGGGAUAAUAUCUAUGGUUUCAAGAUGAGUGGAAUGCCAAAAACAAUCUUUAGAUCAGCACAAGUUGAGUCAUUUGAUGAUGAUUCUUUGAUUAGUGAUAGUGUAGGACUUUUGGACAUUAACACUAAAACACAAAAAGCAAAAGCUUUGAAUUUCAGCUCACCGUUUAGCUUGACAAUCAAGAAAGAUGAAACUAUGCAUGGAUUAUUGGGUUGGUUUGACACAUUCUUCACUGAUUCUAAGCAACAAGAAACACCAAAGGAUUGUAAUUCACAAGAUCCACCAUCUAUUGAUGCAAUUCUUAAGGAUACUGGCGAGAACCAUAAGGAUGUUUCAUUCACAACUGGCCCACACGGAACAGAAACACACUGGAAGCAGACACUCUUCCCAUUCCAAAAACCCUUACAUGUAAAGGAAGGUGAUAAGAUUUCAGGUACUUUCACAUCAAAGAAGAGUGACAGAGGUCUAGAAAUGGAAGUUGUAUGGAAACACAAUGAUAACGAAGAGAUAAAGUCUUGUUAUAAAUUAAACUAGAAGUAAUUUAUUGAUUUUCAUGUUUGCUAA